GUAUUAUAUAGGAGCACAAUUUUACAUUUUCGUAUGAAUAAAAUUAAAGAAUUAAAAAAACAAGUUUGUGACAUUAUUAAAAAAUUAAAAUUAUUGCUACAUUACUUGUUAUAUCAAACAAAGAUUUCCCUCUACUUUCAAACACUUCCCUGCUGUUACGUAACCGAUGCGCUUGCUAUUUAGAGUGGGCGGAGCUACAAAUAAAUUUGAUCAUAUUAUCACAAUUUUAAUUCAGAUGUGACAAUUAAACUAAGGUCAACUUGUUUACAUAAAAGACUAAAGAUAGACGCUUAAUAUUCAUUGUGAUUUACACAUUUUCGGUCGGUUUCUUGUGGUCGCAUAAAAUUCGUCAUGUCAGAUCUCAAUAUUGGUGUAUUAGGAGCCGGUGUUAUUGGUUUAACAACAGCCUACGAAUUGAAAAAUAAAUUCCGAAAUGCAAAUAUUGAUGUUAUUUCUGAUCGAUUCAAUGAUAAGACCACAAGUCACGUAGCAGCUGGACUUUUCCGUCCUGGAACUAGUUUCUCAGGACCCACGGUGGAAAUUACAAGACAAUGGAUCAAUGAUUCUUAUCACUACUGGGAUAACAUUUGGAAUACACCAGAAGCAAGCACAGCUGGUGUUACUCAAGUUUCUGGUUAUAUUUUCACCAGUCAGUACCCACAUAUGGUUAAAAAUGAAUAUAUCGAAAAAUUAUUGCCCAUUUAUCGACGAGCAACUGAAGAAGAAUUAAAAUUAUGUCCCGGGACGUGGAAAUACGGCUGUUUCUUCACCACCGUUCUCACUCAAUGCUCGUACUAUUUGCCUUGGAUUACCUCAAAAUUGCAAAGAGAAGGAGUCCACAUUAUAAGUCAAAAAAUCGAAUCAUUUUCACAAAUUGAUAAAAAGUACGACAUAAUCCUAAAUUGCACUGGACUAGGGGCAAAAUUUCUGUGUAACGAUAAUAAACUCGUACCAAUGAGGGGUCAAGUCCUAAAAGUCAAGGCCCCUUGGAUUAAAACGUUCUUCUAUGGGGAUUAUGACACGUAUAUUAUUCCCGGAAUUGACUGUGUUACUUUGGGUGGCUGUCGCCAGUAUGACUCGUACAAUUUGGAAGUAAAUAAAUACGACCGUUUGUCAAUCAAAGAACGGUGCGAGUCUUUGGUGCCAAGUCUGAGAGGCGCUGAAUUAAUCGCUGAAAGAGUGGGGUUGAGGCCGCACAGAGAUGUGGUGAGGGUGGAGAAAGAAAUUCAAGUGAUUAAUGGCAGAAAACUGAAAAUUGUACACAAUUACGGCCAUGGCGGUUAUGGGGUUACAACAGCGCCGGGAACUUCGCUAUAUGCGGUGCAACUUGCGACUGAGCUGCUCUCAGGCAACAGUAAACUAUGAGAUAAAAACUCUGAAAAAAGAUAAAUAGUCAUAUAUUUUUACAUAAAUUUAAGUAAUAAAAUAUCAAUUAGUGAAAAAA